AUGUCUUCAGCUACAAUGAGACCAAAGGGGGGACGGAGGCAAGACGGCUAUCAAUCUUUUAACCCAAAUUCGAAUCAAAGUCAUAACAAUCGAAGCUCUAAAAACAAAUGGAAUACCAAUUCACAACAUCUCGUUAAUAACACACCGAGAAAUCAACAAAUCUCUCCAACUACUCAACCGUCUACUAAUCAUCAUAACAAUACACCAUCUUCCGGUUCAAACUCCCUUAAAACUAUUGAACAACAAGUUGUUCACGACGAGGUUGCUGCAAAACAUAUGCAUGAUCGUAUUUUGUUUUUGCUAGCGAAUUUUGUGGGUAUUAAUGUUAUAGUUACUGUCAAAAGUGGAAUAAAAUAUCAAGGUCUUUUAUCCCGUGCUUGCACUGAAAAUGAAUUGGGUGUUGUCUUGAAAUGUGCUCGAAAAGUCCUUUCUAAACAAGAUGAAAAGAACAUACCUAAUGGUAUGAUAAAUGAAUUUAUUAUAUUUGCUAGAGAUUUGAUGGAAAUUUACGCAACCGGCGUAGAUUUUUCUUUAUCUGAAAAAAAUUCAAGCGAACGUGAAGAUAUUAGUGGUCGGACUGAAAUUCGGGAACGUGAACUUCAUAAAUGGACACCAGAUGAAUCGGGAGAGACUAUGAAGGAGUCUGCUAACGCAAGUUGGGAUCAGUUUGCUGCUAAUGAACAAUUAUUCGGUUUAACAACCGAUUAUAACGAAGAAAUCUAUACAACAAAAUUGGAUAGAUCAAAAGCGGAUUAUAAGGAACGAGAAAGAAAAGCCAUCAAUCUAGCUAAUGAAAUAACUCGGGAAUCAACGACAAAUGUUCAUAUGCUUGAAGAACGUGGUCAUAUUGUCGAAGAUCAAAUGGAUGAAGAAGAAAGGGAUCCAAGUAAAUACACGCCACCACACUUAAGAAAACAACAAGAACAACCAAUACAACCAAAUGGUGUGGCAUCGGCCGUAAAAAAAGUAGAACAAAAUAAUGAAGUUGCUAAAGAUACCAAAGUUAAACCUCCAGAAGAUCCAAAACCUACAACAAAACCUGCACAACCUACCACAAUUCCUACCUCCCCCUCAUCUUCCAUACCUAAAAGUACAUCAUCAUUAUCUAAUUACAGAAUUCCUGAACACGUGAUGGCUUCGCUUCAGUUUCCGAGGAAAAUCGGGUCUGAAGCUGAAGGAAAACCUAUUGAAGCACAAAUUGUAAAAACAUUUCGUCAAUUUGCUACAAACGAAAAAGAACGCCUUCAACAAAGAAAACAAGCUAUUUUCAAAAAGGAAAUGGAUGGCAAAAUGGCUGAAUUACUUAAGUGGGGUCAAAAUUUCAAGCUGAAUUCACCGUUACCUGAAGAUCUAAUUCCAAUAUUGACUAAAGAUGAAACAAAACAACAAAAAUUAGAGUUUGUAAAACCAUCAAUUAAGAUUGAAGAAGUUCAACCACAAAAAUCAAAUGGGGAGUCUAAAACAAAUUCAGAAAAAGUUAUAUCAGAAAAACCUACCUCAGCAGCUGAUAAAGCUCCACCACAAUUUCCCUCUAACAGAACUCCCGUAACAACACAAACAAAUACACAAUAUAAGCUAAACGCUAAAGCACCCGAAUGGAAACCUAAUCCUAAUGCGGCAAGCUUUACGCCGACUCCUAAUUCCAGCACUGGGGAUAAAAGAUCUCCUGGUUCGUCCCCAUUUUUUGGUAAUCGUCAGUUAAAAAAAAAUUUUUUGUCACUCAAGGAUGGUUUUAGUCCGUUCCAGAAGAGCAAACCCUUACCCAAUCCUAGUACAAUCCCUCCUACGUGGCCUUUUGGUCAAAGACCUUUUAGGCAUCAUUUUUCAGUUACCAACAACUAUGAAGAAGAUAUCUACUCACAAGCAGCUGCAAAUCAAAGUUUUGGCUUCGCUGCUUACCCCGUAGCUGCCCCUUAUCGAUAUCCUUCUGGUCAAUUUGUUGGUGUUCCACCUAUGCCCUUGCAACAAGCGACACCCAUGCCAUAUUUGCCGCAAGGUUUUGUUCCAGGUAUUCCUUUCACUGCAGCAGCACCAUUGCCACCGACUGGCGCUCCACCUACGAUUUAUAGUCCGCAGAUUUCAUCAAUGAUUCCACAACAUUUUGGUUCACAGGGAUUUCAGUCUCCUGGACGUACCCCGAUCGUUCCUGCUGGUAUACAUCCCCAAAUUUACCAACCAUAUCAAAAUCAACAUGGUAAAUAA